AUGGUGCGCCAGUCCCUGACGCGUCGCGGCCAGUCGCCGACUCCAAGCGUCCCCCUCUGGCGCGUCUUACUGCCCUUCACCCCUGUGCUGGCGCUGGCGCUGCUGGGCCUCGGCCUCCGCAGGACCCGCGACCUCGCCAUCCUCUGCGGCGGCACGUGGGACCUGCUGCGGAGCCCCGCCGGUGCCCAGCCCGCGGCGCCGCUGGCCCCAGCCCCAGUGCCGCUGGCAUGGGCCCCGGCCCCGGCCCCAGCCCUGGCCCUGGCGCCGCCCGCCCCGGCUCCAGCGCCGCGGGCCCAGGCCCCAGCGCCGGCGGCCCCA